GAGCUCCAGACCCACCGCUAUAUAGGUAGAAACAUUUCAGACUUGCACGCAAAGUUCUCAAGAGUUCCUACUUCUCUUGUAUUCUCUUGUUCCAUCUGAAUCUUUUUCUCUCUCACACACACACCAUAAAUUUUCUGAGCUCUCCUUACAGUGAAUUGCUCUUGAACUUCUCUUAAACCUCCGUCCAUGGCUCUGUUACACCCUACCUCUGCCUUGGCUGCUAUCGACACAGUGUUAUCAACGAGAAGCAAAACUCUGAAUUUUCCUCUUUAUACCUAUAGCAAUAUGCAAUCUUUCACCAGAAAACAUAGACCGAAUGGACCCAGAAACCUGUCUUUACGCGUUGCUACGCCAACAAGCAUUGAGCCUGAGCAAUCAAUUCCAGAAACAGAGAAGGAUGAAACUGAGAAUGAAUUUAGUGACGAGAGCUCCUCUUCAAAGUUUUCUUGGAGGGAUCACUGGUACCCAGUUUCUUUAAUUGAAGAUCUGGACCCUCGAUUGCCUACCCCAUUUCAGCUUCUCGGUCGCGAGAUCGUACUGUGGUAUGACAAAUCCAAAUCCGAAUGGGUGGCUUUCGACGACAAAUGCCCCCAUCGUCUUGCCCCCUUAUCAGAAGGACGGAUUGAUGAAGAUGGCAACUUACAGUGCUCCUAUCAUGGCUGGUCCUUUGAUGGAUGUGGAUCUUGUGUUAGGAUCCCUCAGGCGUCAUCGGAAGGUCCUGAAGCUCGUGCUAUUCGAUCACCUAGAGCAUGUGCCACAAAGUUCCCUACCAUGGUGUCUCAGGGUCUCCUCUUUGUGUGGCCGGAUGAGAAUGGUUGGGAAAAAGCCGGCGCCGCUAAGCCCCCAUUGUUGCCUGAUGACUUCGAAAAACCAGAGUUUGCCACCGUGAACAUUCAACGCGAUCUGUUCUAUGGCUAUGAUACUCUCAUGGAGAAUGUUUCCGACCCUUCUCACAUUGAUUUUGCUCAUCACAAGGUGACAGGAAGGAGAGAUAGGGCAAAGCCUUUGCCAUUCAAGUUGGAGGGUAGUGGUCCAUGGGGCUUUGCUGGAGCUAACGAUGGGAACCCACGAAUCAGUUCCAAAUUUGUUGCCCCUUGUUAUUAUAUGAACAAAAUAGAGAUUAAUAACAAGCUUCCAAUAGUUGGUGACCAAAGAUGGGUAAUAUGGAUAUGUUCUUUCAAUGUCCCCAUGGCACCUGGUAAGACUCGCUCCAUUGUUUGCAGUGCCCGAAACUUUUUCCAGUUCACAGUGCCUGGACCUGCAUGGUGGCAAGUGGUUCCUAGAUGGUAUGAACAUUGGACCUCAAACAAGGUGUAUGAUGGAGACAUGAUUGUUCUUCAAGGCCAAGAAAAAAUAUUUCUUGCGGAGACCAGUGAUGGGUCCGGUGAUGUUAACAAGGAGUACACAAAGCUCACCUUCACACCAACACAGGCAGAUCGCUUUGUCUUGGCAUUUCGAAAUUGGCUAAGGCGACAUGGAAAUAGCCAGCCUGAAUGGUUCGGCCUGAGCAGCCAGCAGCCGUUACCAUCAACAGUUCUAACAAAACGGCAGAUGUUGGAUAGAUUUGAACAGCACACUCUCAAGUGUUCAUCAUGUAAAGGAGCUUAUACAGCAUUCCAGACGUUGCAGAAGAUUCUGAUCGGUGCAACAGUUGUUUUUGGUGCAACGUCGGGGAUCCCUUCAGAGACAUAUCUCCGGAUAGUUCUGGCCGGACUUGCAGUCGCUAGCGCUGGCUUGGCCUUUGCCUUAAAUGAACUCCAAAAGAAUUUUGUAUUUGUUGAUUACGUGCAUGCUGAUAUUGAUUAGAAUUUAGACAGUAGACACGCCUCAUAGCCCUUGUAGGAAUCCUGGCGAACCAAAGCCUUUGCAAAUGGCUGGCUGUAAACAAAGUUUAAAGCUCAACAAACAAAUGUAAAACUGAGAUAUAUAUUCACACUUUUGUGUGUGUAUAUACAGAUGAACACAGCAAAAUCUUAAUCACCGACAUUUUUCUUUUCUUUCUGGCAAAGACUGGAAAGGUUUCAA